AUGCUAAAUCUAAAUUCAAGCUAAACGAAAUUCUUUGAACUAAAAGGAACCUCCAAAACACUACCAGAAGCCCAUAAAACCAAUUAGAAAAAAGUGAAAAUAUUUCGAAAUUAAAAACUAAUCAGAAAACAGCUCAAAGGCAAAUGAUUAGCUAAGUGUUUAAAAGCAUUUACAGAUACCGCCUGCCGCUUCGUUGGAAUUUUCGACGUCAAAAGUGGAUACUACGCUGCGCUUUCAAGGCAAAUAAUAGCUUAUAAGGCUAGCAUCCCUGCUUUCAAAAUGAAUAGCGUGAAGUUGAACUAAGGAAGCAAUUAUAGUAUUUACGUAACCCCAAGCACUUGCCAAGAGGUUAAUUAUGGCUUAUAAAAUAAUUUCUGUAGGCAGUCAAACAAAUUUCUCCGUCUACAUGGCGCUGAUGAUUGUUUUUCUGCUGCCCGCGCCCGCUAACACAUUCCUACCACUCACACACUCUGCCGCCACCACCACCAUAACAACAACGACAACAACAGCAGCAAGCGCCAGUAUAGCCGCCGCCAUUAUGCCGCCCAUUGAAUUUGCGCCGGAUAUGAUUAUAACACCCGAUGCAUUGGACAAUUGCCCAAUAGGUUACUUUCAUUGCAACACAUCAGCGCAGUGUGUGCCACAGCGGCUGAACUGUGACGAAAAGGCGGAUUGUGAUGAUGCCUCCGAUGAGUGGAAUUGCGUCAAUGAUGUGGAUGCGAAAUUUUGGGAUCACUUCUUUCGCAAGCAGCCCUAUGGACGGCAUGAUGAUGUGCCAGUGGAGACGUGCGAUUGGCUGUACCCAAGCAAUUUUAGCUGCCUUUGUCGUGGUGAUGAAAUUUUAUGUCGCUUCCAACAGCUAACGGCAAUACCGCCCAAUUUGCCGACCAUAGAAUUGACGAUGCUCGAUUUGACCGGAAAUAAUUUUCCCUACAUCGAUGAGCAUUUUAUCGCGCAGUUGCCAAUGGUGGAGAGCCUGGUCUUAAAAUUUUGCUCCAUCGAACGCUUGGCAUCGUCUGCCUUCAGAAGACUAUCGGAGAUACCGUUAAAAACCCUCUAUUUGGAUGAAAAUAAAAUCUCUAGCUUGGCCGAAAAUCUAUUCCCCGCUGGAAAUUCUUUGAAAACAUUAAUACUCUCUGGCAACCGCAUUAAAGAACUUCACAAAUAUGAUUUUCAGCAUUUGGAUGGCUUAACGGAACUAGACCUACGUGGCAAUCGCAUUGAAGCAUUUGAAGCGAAAGUCUUUGAAGAGCUGCAGAACCUUCAAGUGCUCUACCUUAAUGAGAAUCACAUCCAUCAAAUCCGUCCGGGCAUGUUUCCUCUACUCACAAAGCUGCAUACGCUAUCGCUGGCGCACAAUCGCAUCGUCGACAUCGAACGGAAUUCGUUUACAUUCCCGCGGUUAUUGCAUUUAUUUUUAGCCGGUAAUCGUUUGACGGUGCUGCGAGCGCAUACAUUUUGUCCUUUACGUCUGCUGCAGGGACU